AUGGGGGAGGGACGCUUGAACGGCAUUGCGUGUAAGAGCGUGGAGAGUGGGGGUGGGUUGGGGAAUUCGUCGGGCAGUUUGAAAGUGGAACCUGAGUCGGCUGCGGCCGGUUUUGUCGCGUCGAUCGUCGCGGUGGAAGCAGGUGGGGAUGUCGAAACUGUUGGUGGUUCUUGCUGCGCGUUCAUGGCAAAGCGAGCUGCCGGUUGUGGGCGGAUUGGGGAUAGCGGCACGAUAAAGGUUGUUCGUGUGACGAGUGGGCCCGAUGUUGGUACGAGAAAGGCGGACAUGGCGAGGGCUUCUGUCGCUUUUUCGGCGAUGAAGUCUCUGAAACACUCUCGUACGCGGAAUUGGCUACUCGGAGGGUGA